CACUAAAGCUAUUCACGUCCGCAUUGAGGUUCACGUGUUCCUUUCCGUGUCCAUCUUUUUACACCAACUGUUCAAAAGUUUCAUAUCAUCUUUGUUUUCAGUUUGGUCAGUAAUACACAACGAGGAUGAAAGGCUACAUUUUUCUUGUUGUGAACUUGGCACUUUCAUCAACAUUCUCCCCAAAACAACAACAACAACAAAAUGGAAUGGAGAUAGUGGAUAUUGGUGAAGACAAGGACAUUACCGAGGCAAACAGGGAUUUAUUAUAUGAUGAUAUUCUGGAGAGACCGAACACCCAAAGGAGUGCAAUCAUUGAUGAGAGACGACUGUGGACAUCCCCAGUACCGUAUCUCCUGGAUAAAGACCUGGAGAUGAACGCUAAGGGCGUCAUCCUGAAAGCUUUAGACCAGUUCAGACUGAAGACUUGUAUCGACUUCAAACCGAGGGACUCGGAAGAAAUUUACAUCUCUGUCCAAAAGUUAAACGGAUGUUUUUCAUAUAUUGGGCGAAACACUCAACCUGGAGGACAAGAUCUUUCCAUCGGGGCAUUCUGUGAUCACGUUGCCAUCGUUGAACAUGAGUUCCUUCAUGCUUUUGGCUUCUACCAUGAGCAAUCCAGAAAUGACAGAGAUGAUUAUGUGACCAUCCUAUUCGAGAACAUCCAACCAGGUAUGGAGCACAACUUUCAAAUUAGCAACGAAAUCACCACCACCCACGGAGUCCCGUACGACUACUCGUCAGUGAUGCACUACGACAAAAAUGCAUUCAGCAAAGGAACCGGGCCAACAAUUAUCACCAAAGACCCAAAAUUUCAGAAUGUUAUUGGUCAAAGACGGGAAGUGAGUCCCAGUGACGUUUUGGAGCUGAACCUCCUCUACAAAUGCAACACGACGAUUGCAUCAAAGAUGUACUGUGAUUUCUCUAAUGGGUCCAUGUGUGAAAUGAAUCAAUGCUCAAAGGGGGGCAGCAGCUGGGAAAUGGUAACGAAUGUUGUCGCUGGUCCAAAGUCCGACCACACCAAUCUACCAAGUGGAGGGGAUUCUGGUGGUGAUACGGGUUACUUCAUGCAUGCUAGCACAGCAUCAGCUCAAGAAGGAGACUCGGCCUGGCUACAGACCCAGGAGAUGAGACCCAAUAGGGAAUGUCACGUCCAGUGUCUCCAGUUCUACUAUUAUCACAGUGGAAACGGAUCAGACCAACUCAACAUCUGGAUCAGAGAGUUUCAAGAUGAACAGGACUCCUCAGGAACACGCCGCCUUAUGGGACAGAUCACUGGUUCACCAACAUCGUACUGGCAGCUCAAGCAUGUUUCCCUCAAUGCCACCAAGACCUUCAAAGUUGAGUUUGAGGUUCGUAAAGGAGCAGGAAACUCUUCAGGUGGCUUCUCAAUCGACGACAUCAAUCUGUCCGAGAUCGAAUGUCCACACGUGACCAUGCAGAUCGAUGAUUUUGAGAACAUUUUGAAGACUAGCCAGACUCUGGCCAGUCCACGGCACUACUCCAGUGGAGGCUAUGCUUACAGGUUUCUGAUUCUGCCAAACAAUGGAACCGUCGGCGUGUAUAUGCAGCUCUUGUCUGGUGAAAAUGAUGACAGGCUGGUGUGGCCUUGCCAACAAAGGCAGGUGACCUUCAAAAUGCUCGAUCAGAAACCCAAUUUGCAGCUGCAGAUGUCAAAGCAACGGAGCUACACCACUGACUUAAGGCAAAUCAUUAAUGGUACCUAUUUAUGGGGCAAUCCUCGUGAGAGGGGAAAUCAAAUUGUAGAUGACUAUGGUGAGACGUUUUUUGCCGGAACAGCGUAUGGUUUCGGUGGUUUUACUGAUUCCGAAGAGAUCAAAUCCAGUGACUUCCUCAAGGGAGGGAGUGCUGUUUUUGUCUUCAGCUUCCAAGAUCUCUCUCCUCUUGUUCAAGGAAAUACUUUACCAUGUCCUAAAGUGGAAACAGUGGACAUCAAAUAUGCUCCUGGAGAUAAUGGCACAUGCUCAUCUCGAUUCCUAACUAUCCGUCCACCUACUACCACUGCCAGUCCACUUAAUACCAGUCCACCACCUACCAGUGUUUUUGGCUUCUGUGCUGGUUUGGUGGCUUCUCCUGUCCUCACCCUCCUAUUGCAUUGAUGCCGUUGAUACCUUGAUGUACAUCUCAUCUGGGAUAUCAUCAGUACAAUUUCCACUGGCUGAGUAAUCUAGUAGUUCUUCUCUUUAUAUUAGAAUAGACAAAUAUUACAAAAAAUGUUUAAUAAGUAAAUAACUAUUGGUGAAAAAUUGUAUGAUUACUUUGAGUCCCAGUUAUAUUUUCAUGUAACAAUUAACCGCAUGUGUGUACUCCUGUGGUGUUUGGUGAUGUGACCGUUUUUUUAUUCUUUUUAUGUUUGUGCGUUGAUCU